GAAUAAUUUGAAACGUUAGUCAAUACGAGGAUACUAUGGCGUCGCCGUGGCCCUAUCGACAAAUGGGAUCACAGCCACGGUUGCCAUUUCCCGGGCACCAGGCAACAAGUCCCUGUGCUCCAGAAAGGGCAGCGUCUUCUCCUGACUUCCUGCCCGUAAAAGAUUUCAGCCUCGAGAAGGCUUCAAAUGAUGACGUCUCUCGACAUUUAUCUUCCCUUUUGUCUUUUUAUCCUGGAUUAUUAGAAGAAUAUGUAGUGGAAAAUGUUAGAAGCGAAAACAUUUCGCGAUGGCUCACAAAAAGAAAGAACAAGGAACAAUGUAGAGAAUUAUCGAAAAGUUCGUGCGUUGAUUCUGAAAUGUUCUGGGAUACCGAACAACCGGACGGGGAACAACCGCUGAAUACAGAAUUUAUUAAAAAAGUGGAAGGAGGAAACUUUUUACGUCCAUUAUUUUCACUUUCUUCUGCUCUCUGCCAAAUAACGCAUUCAAGCGGAUUCAAUUUAUACGGAGUAGGGGGAAUAGGAAAGACCUUAGUCAUGUAUAACCCAGAAAUUCCGCAGUGGGAUUCUUCACAAACUGGCCAAAGAAGUUUUCUCAUCUCCAAAAAAACGACUGUAUCGGGGCAUGUGGCAUUAACUAAAAAGCCAAUAUGUAUCGAGGACGUCCACAUGGAUCCACGUUUUCCGAAAAAAAUGGGAACAGAUGAUUGUAGCGCAGACGGCAUUGCCGUUCUUUGUUUACCUGUCAUUCUUCCCAACAAUGACUUGAUAGCCGUUGUCGAAUUCUACAGGUCUUGGCAUAAUGGUUGUUAUAUUCAGAACGACCUACAGAUUGUGCAGAGUAUAUUAGAAUGGAGUGCUCUUGCUAUUCAUAAAUCAGCCGUGUGCUCCAGUCUCAAACAGCAAACGGAGAUGAAUGAUUUUUUGCUAGAUGUUUCACGAACUUAUCUCGAUGACAUUACACAUAUUGACAAUAUCAUUGAGCACAUCAUGCGGUUUGCAAAAACGCUUGUUUCAGCUGAUCGUUGUACGUUAUUUCUGUACGACAGCAACAAUGAAGAACUGUACAGCGAUUUAUUUGAUAAUGGUGACGAGGUUGAUGGGAAAUCAGUAUUUGAAAAAAGAAACGAAAUUCGAUUCCAUGUGUCGAAAGGUAUUGCGGGUUAUGUGGCAUCGACGAAAACAGUCGUGAAUAUUCAGGAUGCCUACGCCGAUUCAAGAUUCAACAGGGAGGUUGAUAAAGUCACAGGUUACACAACAAACAACAUAUUGUGCCUUCCCAUUAUGAGCGAAAGCGAAGUAUACGGCGUGGUUCAGAUGAUCAAUAAACGGACUGGCGGAUCCUUCACAAAACUCGAUGAAGAUAAUUUCACAAUGUUUGCGAUAUUUUGUGCUUUGGCUCUGAGAUAUUCUCGGAUUCAUGCAAAACUGGAAAGCGAGCAUAACAGUCAUUUGGUAGUAUCAGAACAGUUCAGAAAUAGUAUGAAAGCACCAGAAACAGAAGCUACUGAAUUAAUCGUACAAAUUACCAAAGGAAGCUUGCCAGAUAUUCCAGUCGAGUUUGAAAGGUUUCAAUUUUCAGUCGCAUCUUACGACAUUGAACUACCGGGAUUUUUCAUACACAUUGUGAAUGAUCUUAGUUCUCCGGACUUUGCAAUACCAGCUGAAGAUCUGGCAAGAUUCACUUUAGCAAUAAGAAAAAACUACAGAAACAAACCAUAUCACAAUUGGAAACAUGCAGUGACCGUUGCGCAUUGCAUGUAUUGUAUUCUAAAACGCACGGGGGGAAUAUUUUCCAAAUUAGAAAUGGUGGGAUUAGUAGUUGCUUGUAUAGCUCAUGAUGUGGAUCACAGAGCAUUCUCCAAUCAGUAUUUACAAAAGAUUGAACACCCUCUGGCCGCGCUUUAUCCGACGUCAACAAUGGAACAACACCACUAUCAAAUGCUUUUGACAAUUUUAAAUCAAGAGGGUCAUCAAAUUUUCUCCAGAAUGGAUCAAAAAUCCUAUGAUUUUUUGCUCGGUUUAAUGAUGGAUGCCAUAUUAGCUACCGACUUGGCGUUGUUCUUCUCAAAUCAGAGAGUGCUUAACGAUCUGCUCAGUAAUGACGAAUUUGAUAUAAAGAACCAUACUCACAGGCACUCUCUCACGAGCAUGAUGAUGACUGCGUGUGAUUUGUGUUCAAAUGCCAAAAGUUGGGAAGUUACAAAAGCCACAGUUUACGAUUUAUACGAAGAGUUUUGGGCUGAAGGAGACUUGAGGAAGAAACAUGGAUUUUCUUACUUGCCAAUGAUGGAUCGAGAUCUACAGUAUGAUAUACCUGAAGGGCAGGUUGGAUUUUCGACGAAUGUUACACUGCGCUGCUACGAAACGUUGGUUCAAGCACUUCCAGAAUGCGAAGAUUUGCUGAAUCUUUGCAAUGCCAAUUUGGAACUUUGGAAAAAAGAAGCCGAAAUAGUCAAAGAGCAAAUUAGAAUUGCAAAAGAGGAAGCAGAUAGGACAUCGCAAGCUCAAUCAUUAAAUAAUGGGGGAAAAUCCGGUCUAGGGGUCACGCUCAGAGGAGGAAUGUGGGUUAUUGAACAGUCACGCCUAGAGAGCGAAGAUGAGAAAUCUUCAAAUAAUAUUUAAUAACCUGGCGACGGAUUAUGGACGUCAAGAUUGAAAUUAAUCGACUUUUAUGUUAGUAAGAUAUAGAUCUAGAAAGAAAA